AUGGAUGUAGAGCUCUUUGUCUAUGACCUCUCCAAGUAUUCGUUGGCAUUGACUGGAACUUAUAUGGAUGCCAUAUACCACACCUCUAUUGUACUCAAUGGUGUCGAGUACUACUUUGGCCAGGGGAUUCAAACAUCCGUCCCUGGCAGUACACAUCACGGACAGCCAAUGGAGAAGUUGCUUCUCGGGAAAACCGAGCUCCCCAUCGACGUGGUCGAAGAGUAUAUCCAGUCGCUUGCGUCGAUUUAUACGCCAGAGUCGUAUGACCUCUUCCUGCACAAUUGCAACAAUUUCACACAGGAUCUUGCGAUGUUCCUGGUCGGAAAGGGCAUCCCAGAACACAUUCAAAACUUGCCUCAGACAUUCUUGAGUACCCCCUUUGGGCAGAUGAUGAAGCCGCAGAUUGAACAGGCCUUGCGCGGUGUGACGCAGGCUGCAGUGCCAGCUCCUCAGCCGCUUGCCAGGGCACCAGUCACAGCUGCAGCGCCAGCGCCCCCUGGCACUGUACGACAGGUCAGCAACGUCAGCCAGCUCGAGGAACAGCUCGAAUCAGCGGUCAAAUCGUGUGCUGUCAUCUUCUUCACCUCAGCGACAUGUCCACCCUGCAAGGUCGUCUAUCCUACCUACGAUGAACUGGCGGAGGAGGCAGGCGACAAGGCCGUCCUCAUCAAGGUCGACAUCAGCGCCGCCUACGACGUCAGCAUGAAGUACGGGGUACGAGCGACCCCGACUUUCAUGACAUUCCUCAAGGGCAACAAACUCGACGAAUGGAGCGGUGCCGACCCGGCCAAGCUGCGCGGCAACGUGCGUCUACUCAUCGAGAUGGCCCAUCCCACCCAUCGUCAUCGCCAACUCCGUCUCCCCAGCUUCCAGCGGCAUCUAUCCAACUUUGUCAUGUACAAGAAGGUCCCUCCGCUAGACAAACUGGUCCAGAAACUCCACCCGCACCACGAAGACCCGCGUGUCAAGUCCAUGAUCGCCUUCAUCACCGCCCGCUCAUCAUCAACCACCCCCACCAACCCAGCAGCAGACGUCGCCGUUCCCGACGCCCUCCCAACCUUCGCCUCCUACCUCCAAUCCACCUUCCACGCCCUCCCUCCAGCAAACCACUUCGCGCUCGUCGACCUCGCCCGCCUCCUCUUCCUCGACACAAGGGUAUCAAGCUUCUUCGCCGAAGAACCCAACCACACCACCCUCCUCUCCCUCCUCUCCCCCUCCACAAACCUCUCCUCCUGCCCCUACAACCUCCGCAUCGUCAUGCUCCAGCUCAUCUGCAACCUCUUCAGCUCCCCGCUCUACCUAGACCAUCUCACCACAAUCACCGCCAACAACAACAACCUCCACACCACAGUCCUAACUCUCACGACCUCCUCCCUCCUAGACCCGCACCCAAACCUCCGCACCGUCGCCGCCUCCCUAGCCUACAACCUCUCCGCCGCGAACCACAACGCGCGCUUCGCCGGCCUCCCCGAUAAGCUCACCGAGGAGGAACAGGUGGAGCUCACCGCAUCGCUGGCUGAAGCGAUCGCCCAGGAAGCGGAGAGCGCGGAGGCGCUGCAUGGGCUCUUGUUUGCGCUGGGGCUACUGGUCUACGAGGCGCCGGCGGAUGGGGCGGUUGUUGAUAUUUGCCGGGCGAUGGGGAUUGCGGAGACGGUGAGGGCCAAGGGGGAGAUGUCGGUUUUUGUGAAGGAGGGGUUGAUGAGGGAGGUUGGUGGGGAGUUGCUUGGGGAGGGGCUGUAG